AUGAAAUUUCCUCCUUCGCCACCUACAAUUUCCAUUCGACCGAUGUUUUUUAUUUUUAAGAUCUUAUUCUAUUUUUAAGUUUUAGCUACGUUGCUCAGCCUCCAGCUCUUUCGCCGAAUAUUCUCCCAGUCACAACGAAUUUCUUAAAGUCUAAGGUUUCCUCAAGUUUCAUACAAAGCAAAAACCCAAAGAAUCGCUUAGAUUUCAAAAAUCCGCCAAUGGAUGGAGCUUUUCCAAAAGCAAAUGCUAUUGACUACAACUACUACGACUACUACAACUGAAGCUCCGAUUUUCGACCCAUUUUCGGAGCCUCUCAAUGACCUCAAUGAAGAUUCUUCGCUACUGAGUUCAACCUUAUAUCGUCUGGGGAGGAAGAUAUUCGGCAGAUAUUAUCAAAAACUUCGUGAGUUUAUAAAAUCCUGAAAGAAAAAAAUAAAUAAAUAGUUUCAGGGGCGGAGUUGACCCGACUGGACCGUUUCGAGUGCCUCUGCGACGGAAAACUUCUCGACGUUCUCAAAGCGAAGACUUUUAUUAACAUCAACAUUGCACAUGACUGA